GCUCAUAAUACAAUAGAAUCUGUAGGACACAAGUCCAUUUCUGCUAGCCAUGGAUAAGUUUGAAACAGACGAGAAGCCGAUCAUGAAGGAAGGAGCUCUAUCAUCGUCGAGUCUGGUAAGCAAUGGGUCUGUUAAUUUUCGAGGGAGAAUUGCCGAUAAGCGAACAACUGGAGGAUGGAAAGCCUCUUCUUUCGUCAUAGCGAAUGAGCUAGCUGAGAGGUUAGCUUUUUUCUCCAUUGCGGUGAGCUUGGCGGCAUACUUGGUUCUUAAAAUGAAUCAAAGUCUUCCAACUGCUGCUACUCUUAUGACUAAUUGGAGCGGAUCGGCUUUUCUUCUAACAAUUGUUGGAGCAUUUCUAGCUGAUGCUUACUUGGGUCGAUUUGGAACAAUUAUUAUUUUCUCUUGCCUCUAUUCAAUCGGAAUGGUGAUGUUAACAAUCUCGUCUACCAUGGACAGCCUACGUCCACCCCCAUGCAGGGUAAGACCAUGCGUACAACCAAAUGCAGGGCAGAAUGCGUUUCUCACCGGUGCACUGGCUCUCAUAGCCCUUGGAACCGGUGGUAUCAAGCCAUGCGUCUCAUCUUUUGGGGCUGACCAGUAUGAUGAGGCAGAUGAAAAAGAAGUCAAAGACAAAUCCGGAUUCUUUAAUUGGUUUUUCUUAGCAAUUAACAUGGGUGCAGUCUUAGCUGUUACAGUGAUGGCGUUUAUUCAGGAUAGAUUGGGUUAUGCUUGGGGUUUUGGGAUCCCUACAGGGAUGAUGAUCUUCUCCAUUGUCAUUCUAGCCACUGGUAUGCCUUUUUAUCGUUUCAAGAAACCCAUGGGAAGUCCUUUCACUAGGUUUCUUCAGGUUGUGGUGGCUUCUCUCAGGAACCACUUUAGACGGGUAAAGGUAAGCCAUGAAACUGAGCUUUACGAAGUUAAAACUAAGGAGUCGGAUAUCCAUGGUGCUAAAAAACUUUUUCAUACCGCACAAUACAGGUUCUUCGACAAAGCAGCUGUUAUAACAGACCCAUCACCAUCAGAUAUUAACACCAGGAACCGCUGGAAGCUUUGCACAGUCACCCAAGUAGAGGAAUUCAAGUCGUUACUCAGGGUCCUCCCAGUAUGCGCAACAACAAUAGGUCUUGCCCUCUCAUACUCUCAAGUAUCAACAUUCUUCCUCACCCAGGCCGGCCUGACGGACCGAAACCUCGGACCCCAUUUCACAAUCCCUAUUGGCUCCGUCGCUAUCUUCACCGCCCUGGAUGCCCUCAUUAUUAUCCCCAUCUACCAAAAAUGGAUGGUCCCGCUCCUUCGGAAGUUCACUGGUCACGAACGUGGCCUCACUUCUUUACAACGCAUUGGAGUCGGCCUAUUUUUGGGCAUAUUUUCUUUCGUCUCCGCCGCUUUGGUUGAAAAAAAGCGAGUUGAUUCAUUUGAGGAGCAGCAUAAGAUGAGCGUAUUCUGGUUAUUUCCACAGUUCUUUCUAAUUGGUUCAGCAGAAGUUUUCGCUUACGUGGGUCAAUUAGAGUUUUUUUACGAUGAAGCCACUGAUGGGACAAGGAGUAUUAGUAGCGCACUGUUUCUUAGUGAGUUUGGAAUUGGAAGUUUUUUAAGUACAGCACUUGUUAAGAUCAUUGUGCGUAGUACUGGUGGGCAAGAGACUGGGUGGCUAAGAAAUGAUCUUAAUAAGAGCAGGCUUGAUUAUUUCUACUGGAUAGUGGCUGGAAUUGAUAUUGUUCUUUUCUUUGUGUUCUUGUGGAUAGCAACACGUUAUAAGAGGAGGCAAAAUGGAAGUGUAGCAGAUGAAUCAAUGCUUGAAUUGGGUGGGAAUAUUAACGCAAAUGAAGACAGAAGAUGAGAACACCCAAUUUCGAAGCGUCAUAUUGCGGAGUUACGUACAUUAAACUUUGAAUGUAGUUAAAAUAAGUUUCAUCUAUUGCUCAUUUGUGAAUUAUGUUAUCAGUCAAAUCUUUCGUUCUCUUUUUCAU